AGAUAAGAACACCCAGAUAUAAGGAUAAGGCCCGAAUCGUAGAUGGCGUCACAGACGGAUCGCUCGUUCGCGCUAGCAGACGACGUACUCGGCUCGUCUGCUUCCAGAGGCUGCUGCUGUUGCAGACGACUUCUGGGAAAACAAAAGGAGAUACCGCGCUAUCUGUUCGGUGAUUAUGAUCUUAGUGCGGAUUUGAGGUUUGAGGACAGCGGCUGCGGGGUUUCUUGUGCGUUGGUGGCGUGAAUCGGGAACACACCUGAACCUAAGGCUCCUUUUUCUUGUUGUAAAUUUGGCAACGCGCCCUCCAGCGCCGGCGUUUUCGCGCCGCGAAGAUUUUUUCGGGGAGUGAUUGCUUUUUUCUAAAGUCUGGUGUCCCGUUCCGGGAAUAUUUCCAAGACGUCGCCCCUUGGUCGAAUCCACGACCUUAGGAUUCAUGGCUUUGGACUUCGUGGCCGGUUGCUUAGGAGGGUGUGCUGGUGUUAUAGUUGGUCAUCCUUUCGACACCAUAAAGGUCCGCUUACAGACCCAAGAUGGUUCAUCUCCUAAGUACAGAGGGAGCAUCGACUGCUUCAAAAGCAUCAUACGCACAGAAAAGGUACAAGGCCUGUUCCGCGGCAUGACGUCGCCUAUGGCCGGAGUGGCCGUGGUGAACGCGAUAGUAUUCGGUGUCUACGGCAACGCCCAGAAGCAGCUCGGGGACUCCGCGUGGGCGCACGGCGCCUGCGGCCUCUUGGCCGGCUCGGUACAGAGCCUCGUCAGCAGUCCCGUAGAGCUCGCCAAGACCAGACUACAAGUGCAGGGUCAGGGCAGCUCCAGAGCGUACUCGGGCCCCCUGGACUGCCUGCGGCAACUGCUGCGCGCCGAGGGCUGCCGGGGCGUGUUCCGGGGCCUCGGCUCGACCGUGCUGCGAGACGCCCCGGCGUUCGGCGUCUACUUCGCCAGCUACGAGCAGCUGGUGCGUCGGGGCACCGGCGGGCCCGUCCACCUCAUGGCCGCGGGGGGACUCGCGGGAGUCCUCUCCUGGAUGGUGUCUUACCCGUGCGACGUGGUCAAGUCGAGGUUGCAGGUGGACGGCAUGACGGGACCACGCAGGUACUCCGGCUUCUGGGACUGCGCCGUCAAGAGCUACCGGAACGAAGGCGCUGGCGUCUUUACUCGCGGCCUCAACUCGACGCUGCUGCGCGCCUUUCCCACCAACGCGGCCAUCUUCACCGUCGUCACCUGGGUGUUCAGAGCCUUCGAUCCCAGCGCCGAAGCCGACCUCCACCCGCACCCACACCACCACCAUCACCACCCGGCCGUCCACUUUGACCCCGAGCUGCACCUUAGUAGGGUUGCCGUUCUCAUGGACUUUCACUUUUAGUCUUAGACGUAUACCACGACUGAGUGUAUACCAAUAUAAGUUGAUGGCUUAGUUUGUUAAAUGUAACAAAAACAGCGCGAAAGAGCAAAAGUAGACGGCUGGACAGGACAAGCACUACUUUCAGCUGACGUUUUAACGAAAAAACGUGCCCCUGUCCUGUCCAGCCUUCUACUUUUCCUUUGUCUUUCGCGCUAAUCGUUUCUGUGAGAUGGGUGCUCCGAUCGUCCAAUCCAAGACAAAGAGCCUCAACAGAUCACGAUAUCCCUGUGCAGGCCGAUGCAGGUUGCAAAGCUCCCCAAACCGAGAAAAAUCUAGAUCAUAAGAUCCUUGUGCAGGCAGUGGUCUAUGAACUAGAUUCUUAUUCCGUCGCAGGCGGCUCCAUGUAUAAACACACUCGUUCAUUGUAGCACGUCAUAGAAGGGUCUACUUCCCGAUAGAGUAUAAUAAUAAUUUAACGAGGAUAUGGGGUGUAAACGGGCCCGGGGAUGCAAAUUGCCCGCGUACUAUCUCUCGGUCAAGGUGGUUUCGUUUUAUAGAGGGGCACAUCCUGUUUGUGAGAAAUGUCCGCUACUUUGGAAGAGCGCCCAUUCAUCGAGUUGGCCUCUAAUUUUGGUUUACCGAAGGAGUAUCUCUAACUUAAUCUUGAGAUACCUGUGGUGUCUAAACUGGCUUAUCAUGUCUGUCACGGGGGAGCAGACGGGACAUUUUUUUUUUAAACAUACUUGUAGUCGAACUAUUUUGCGAUAAGUAAUGUUAAAGGAAGGGUUCUUCUAAAAUGCCCGUCUAAAGCGGCGUAUGUGACUGACAUAUCAGAGUACCUUACACCAGCAGCGUACCUCACCAGUAACAGAAGCCGCAAUUUCUGCAACAGCCUCAAAGUACCAUGGUUUUGCCAACCAUGGUACUUUAAGGCUGUUGCAGAAAUUGCGGAUAAGCAUAUUUAUUACUCCAACACCACACUGCUAAGGCACUGAAGAUAAAGUUCCUUUCCAUUCACUAUUUUAAGCUUGUGAAAGUUUGGCGCCACUAGACUAUCCCUAAAAGCCUUUUCCCCAAUAAAACGGCAAAUACUUUUAAAGCGUGCGUUAAAAAAAAAUGUGCAGCACGUUUACGUGCACCAGGGUUGCACGUGACAUCAGUGAGACGGAAAGUUGCGCAACAAGCCUAUGCCUUGCUCUCAGUUUACACGAGUGUUCGUGGACAACAGAUAUACUGAAAAUCUUUCGAACAGAUUCAGGAGUUGUAUAUUUCAGUCUGCCGGUGGUCUUCUCGAGUCUACGCCAUAUAUCUCGUAUCUUUCUGCUGAGUCCAAGCUAGGGAAAUAUUCAGCUACCUCUGGUCGCAGAUGCAUCACAGGAACACCUUGUUGGUGAUCCGGUCACACUUUAGUAAUACCACUUGAUCACGAACGUACGCUUGUUCGUUGCCAGACAAUGGGCGUGAAACGUCACAAAGGCUAGCGACAAGGUGUUUUUGUCUUGUUUCUGAGCAGAGUUGGUCGAAUGUUGGUACAAUGCGAUUCAGCCCAUUGACUUUCAAGAAAAGGUAUGUAUUGCCUUGUGCUUUACAAGCAAGGCAAGCGCGAUCGCAUGCAGUCUGCCAAGUCACGGUAGUGUUUGCAUUGUGUGAAGAUGGAUAGGGCAUUACGUUGCAUGAACUGAAAAUUGUCGCAUUAGCUUUACGAAUGGUGCCCAUUCCCCGGUGUCGGUUUGCGAUAUCGGUUUGCUCUGUUGAGAAUCGUUGAGGACGGGAAAACGUUUUUUGCGAUUUCAGAUAAGGCUUCGGAUAACUGACAACAAAGGUUUACGCAACAAUGUGUCUGAAGUGUUGUUACUCUGCUAAAGCAUAUAGCUUAUGUUAACACUCAACAAUUGAGUUCUCCUCAAAUCGAACCCAAUAAACGGUUUUGUUUGAA